CCCGCGUUGAUGCACCCAUUGGGAGUUGCUUGCCAACAAAAAUCUCGACGCCGGUGUUUCUGGAGAGGAUAUCAUAUCUUUUCCUUGCCAGUGAGAGCGUGAGAGCGGAAGCAGACAGCUGCUCGUUCGCUCAGGGGGUUUUUGAUUUGUUUUUCUCUCGUCCACCAGCAAGACUCGACCAUCAAACCCCAAAGUUGUCCUCCCCACAGACCCUUAAACCCUGCCCUGCCCUGCCUUAUCCCUUCUGCGCUGGCAGGCUGUUUCCCGCUCUCUUUAUUUUGACGACACCUCCUCGCCUGUCUUUCAAGACAUCCACAACUUCCCCGCCUCAGGCAAACCGCGAGAGACCUCUCACCGUUCCAGCAAGCACGACGUAACGACUUUUCUCUUCCAAGCAGCUACGCACCUAACUUUCCACGACUUGCAGCACCUACCUCACCGCGCAGUAGAGCUGCCUGUGUGUCUUCCCCCCGGAUUGCCAACGUCAAACCGACAUCCUACCGACACCCCAGCCGCUGCGGAAAGGGCAACUCUCGAUGCCGGGCGUUUGACCUUCACCUAGGUUUCUGAGGAAAUUUGUUGCGGCAACUCGAGCCUACAGUGUGUCUCCGGUCAACUUGCGAAUUCAACGGACCCAGCCAGAAGUCGUAGCGUGGCAGGCCGUCGUUACUGACACACGGGCCCUUUUGCAAUAGAUCGGGCUGUGGCUCCCACUGUCACGACCCUCUCUCGGUCAGGUCGCACCAUUCUGCACUCUGAUUCGCCCAAUUCGCACAAACUCCUUCUCUGCCGCACCGUACCAACUCCCGCCCGCACUCUUCCCAAAGUUUCCACCUCCAAGCCGCCGCGACCAACCCAGUGUGAACUGGCAGCGAAGACCACGGGAGCCAUGGAAGACCGAUCUUCGACCCCAUCGCAGUCCACCUCCGCCGACGUCAAGUCGCCUACCCAGAGGCCUCUGUACAGCAGCAAGCUCGGCGACCAAAGGAAAGAGGUGACCCCUUCUGGCCAGACUGCUAGACAAACUCCUCCUGUCACAAAGGCCUGGACCCCAGCGUCGAGAAAUCCGGUUACCGGUCGAUCGCAACCACCUCAGGCCGGCUUCAACUCACAGAACAGGCAGUCUGUGACCAACUCCCUCCGUGAGGGUCAGCGAGUGCGUGUUAGAUACUCCCCAGGGGCCGAGUUUUCAGGCACCUGUUCGAACGACUUCGACUCGGGCAGCUUUCGACUAACCAACGUGCUACAGAAGAAGCUUCCCAAUUCGGCCGAUCUUGCCAACGGGGCGAGACGAGAUCAAACACAAAUGAUGGCCCAGAAGAAGGACGUCAUGGACGCUCGCGUUGUGCCUGGCAACGCCGGGAAGAAUGAUGGAAAGGGUGCUAAUGGCAAUCGAUCCGGUUUCAAGACAGAUGCCUCCAUUUCUAACUCGCGACUCGGUGCUGGUCGUGCUCUUCAACCCUGGACCCCACCCCCUGACACCACAACUGACCUUAGCCUUGAAAGUUCCAAAGAAGAUGUCCGCGGUUGGGAUCAGUUCGCAACCCACGAGAGGAUGUUUGGAAACAAGUCCACUUAUGAUGAGAGAAUUUACACGACCGAGAUCGACAGGAGCCACCCCAAUUACGAGCAGAGAAUCGCUCAGGCGGACAAGAUUGCGCGCCAGAUCGAAGGGGAGGCACCCAAGUUUGCCCAUGUCGCCGAGGAGCGCAUUAUGGACUUUGGUGGCGGCGGUGAUGGCAGGGAUGAAGAGGAGAACGGUGUUGCCCGCCAGGACUUCCCUCCGUUGAGCAGCAACCGUGAGAAUAAGUACACCCCACCAGCUCGGCGGGCUCCUACCGGUCAGUCAACAGUCAAGGGUGCUCCAGUGGACCCUGCUAUCAUUUCAUCGCAAUUGAAGGGUGCCCCGGCUUCUACCCAGCCCACGCCCAAGGUCGAGGAUGUCAAGUCGCCUGCCGCCACACCCACACCAGCCCAACCGGCUGUGGACAAGGCUGCCGAGCCCAAGGCGGAAAGCAAAGCUUCUGAGAAAGCUCCAGAGACCAAGCCCGAUGUAUCCGCAGCCCCCGCCAAGGCAGACCCCAAGGAGACUGUUGCUGCUCGGUCCUCGACUGCCACGGCUCGUGUUGGCUUCCCAGGUGCGAGUAGGGCGGGCGGCCCAAGCGCUGCAAACAAUGUCGAGCGAGAAGUACUCAAUGCUUUCAAGCAAUUUUCCAUCAAGGAGAGGAAGCAGGCCGAUGCUGCCCGGCACAGCAAGGCCAGAGUUGACAAGGAGGUCAAGUUGACCGAGUUGAAAAAGUUCUCCAAGGACUUCAAGCUGUCCACUCCCGUGCCGAAGGACUUGAUCCCCAUCAUUGCCAAGGACCCCGUCAAGCAGCAGGAGAUCCAGGAGAAGGCGAUUCAAAAUGCGGCCGAGAUUGCCAGGAAGAAACAAGAGGCUGCUGCCAAAGAGAAGGAGUCUGCGGCCGCCAAGGUCAACCAAGCCAAGACGCCAGCCGAGCAGUCGAACGCCUCGACGCCCGCCGCGACGACUGAUUCUCGCGCCAGCUCUCGCCCUACGGCUCCCCAACACUCCAACUCAUCCGGUGCCCCCGGUCGCCACCCCGGAGGUCGCGCCUCUUACCAUAACAGCAAUGGGAUCCAACCUCCCUAUGGCCAGUACAACCGGAACGGCCGUGGUGCUCAGCUUCCUCCCGGCGCUCAGGCUACCGGUCAGCUGGCCCAGCGUCUGAGAAAUGUCGAGCAGCAAAAGAUGCAGCACCCUCAUAUGGCUCAACACCCUCAGCCGGAUAUGCGUCUACCACCAACCGGUCCUGCUAACAAUGCCGACCCCAACUACGGUCGUCGCAUCAGCGGUGUGCCGCCGACCUAUCUCGGUCCCAAGCUCAAUCCUAAUACCCAGGAGUUCAGACCCAAUGCAUUUGCACAACCCUUCAACCCGAUGAACCCCAUCAACCCCAUUAACGCGGUCAUCCCCAGCCAGGCCUCCAGCCCUCGUGCUUCGGUGAACAUGAUGGAAGUUCCCAUCAUGGCUCCUCCAGCUCCGGCGAAGGGCCAGUUGGUCCGCCGCAAGACAAAGGCGAUUGAUAUCAAGAAGUGUCUUGUCCUUUCCAACAUGGAGACUAUUCAGCCUCCGACUAACCCCAAGAAGACCUGGGAGGAGAAUGACGGUUUCAGACCCGCCUUUGACCACCCUCCCACUUGGCGUGCGGUUGACCCGGAGAAGGAAGAGCCCAAAGACUCUACCAUGAGCAUGACCUAUAAUGAGUAUUUCGAGAAGGUGCCGCGAGCUGGUGCGACCGUCGCCACUCCCAACCCAACGCAUGCCAUGCCCCAAAUCCCGCACCAACACCAGCUGCCACCCUAUCUGCAGCACGGGGGCCAGGGCAUGGCUCCUCGCCAAUCGCCCCACAUGCCCCCGAUGCAGAUGCAGGCUGGCCAGCACGGACAUGGACCACAUGGACCGUACAACCCCGACGAUCAUAGGAUGAUGCAUUCUAAUUCGGCCCAGUCCUUCGCUUCCCCUAGAAUGGGACAAGUUCCCAUGGCCUACCCCCCUUCGGUGAAUGCUCCCGGUCAGAUGCCUUAUGGCCAGCCUGUCAUGCCUCAAUACAUGAACCCCGGCGCGCCUCAGAUGGGUCAGUUCCGCAGUUUCUCAAAUAACCCUCAGUUCAUGCCGCAGCAGCCCCAUCACAUGGGUGCGCCUAUGAUGGGUCAACCUCCCUUCAUGCCACCUAACGGCAUGGCGGUUCCUGGGCCCAUGUAUCCGGUCAGCGGUCCUCCGUUUAUGCCUCCUGGUGCGGUAGCCCCGCAACCGAUGGUUGGAUCCAAUGGAUUUCCCAGCCCUGGCCGGUCCGCUGCCGCCCCGAUGAUGGCUCAUCAGGGUUCUCAUCAGGGACAGCCCGCCGUGUACGGAAUGAGUCCCGCCAUGACUUAUCAGCAACCGGCCUAUACCCCCCAGCAAGGCCAAGGCAAGUUUUCGGGUCAGCGUCCUCCCCAAUGAGAGAAUAGACCCGUCUACAUUUGAGGUAGAGACCGCCAUGUUGAUGUCUGCCUCGGUCACUCGGGCUCUUUUGAGUUGCCAUAUCCUUUUGUACAACUUUGGCCCACGACUGGACACGCUUGCACCCGCCUAUUGAGAGAAAGUCCGAGAACUUUUUACUUUCGUCCUUCACGGCGACCUCGGUUGCGGCAAGCGAAUCAAACCCAACAAGUCAUUAUGUAUGUCAAGGUCGGCUGGCUACGGUUUUUAUGCAGGACGGGAGGGCGGGUAGGGAAAAUUGAAGAAGAAGCAGAAAAAAAGGAACCCAUCACUUAUUAGCUUUUUCCAUUAUUUGAGAAGAGCUUAUACACGACACGGAAUAUCUUGCAUGGUUCUUUCGGUUGUGCGCUUUGCUGCCAGUUGCAUUACCGCCCAUCUUGGUAUUUGUCGAGGCAUUUUCUGUUCGGCAGAGCGAUGUGAUGUGGUUUUUCUUUUCUGUCUUUUUUUUAUUUGACAACAAUCAAACGCAUGGAAGGGCGAUAGCCAGAAAGGAGCAGGGGAUGACGCAGAGGAACAGACAUGGCAGGACAUGACAGGAGGAAGGGGUGGUUGGGAGGGGAAACAGCAGCUUGUUCUUGUUGUUGACUUAUGUGAA